GAACAUUCGACUAGUCGACGGCUGGAUACCGUUUGCUCGGGUGGGAUGGAAGAAGAUAGUCUCAUAAAAGGCCACUAGAAAACCCCAUGCCGCAUACACACUACUCACCGGACAUCGGUUUGCCGAUUCCAGACGCGUCGCGUUAGAUGCUUCCCUAUACAGACUUAAACCUUGGCAGAUGUUUUGAAAAAAAGGAACCUCGAAUUACGUUACGUUAUCUGCUUUUUAAACCAAACCAACCACCGUCUACGAGCGUGUCGAUGCUUCUUCUCUUCACCCCCUUCCUCCUCUCUUCUCUCCUUCUUCUCUUUCCUUUGCCAAAGCACACGUCCAUAUGGCAGUCUACCCGACCAUGAUUUUGCCAAAGCGCGGGAAAGCGUUCGUUUCUGUCGUCGUCGCGGUCCUUGUCGCCUUAUCGCUUUUCCUUCCACUCCUAGGUCCUUCCCGCGUUUCAUUCGAGGCCUCCUCUUCCUCUCUUCAGUCUUCCAGCAGUCACGACCCCUUAGCAGAUAUCCAAAACUCCACCCUUGGGUUCGGCUCCCUCAUCCUCCUCUCGCUUCCGUCUCGUACCGAUCGCAGAGAUGCAGUCACUCUCAUCGCGGACCAUACAAACAUCACAAUCACCAAAGUUAUCGACGGCGUGCGCACUGAGGACAUCGAUGAGCGCGCCUAUCCGUUCGGUCCUGGCUUAGACAAGCUCCUUACAGAAAAGUACCACGCCUACCUCGGUAGCUGGAGAAGUCAUAUGGAUAUUUUCCGAUACAUCGUCGAAAACCGAAUAGAGUCUGCUCUCAUCUUCGAAGAUGAUAUUGACUGGGAUAUUAAUAUCAAAUCCCAGCUCACUUUCUUCGCACAGUCACUCAGAAUGUCGCCACUUCGCCGUCCAUACUCAACCUACGAGCUGCAGCAUGCUCCCUACGGUCUUGACUGGGACAUGAUCCAUUUUGCUAGCUCUGAAAUCCGCCUGGCCCCUCCGCCCAGAGAUAAAGCCUACGUUACAUACCAGGACCCCUACCGCGGUGAUCUCGAAACUGUCAACAACGGCUGCACCGGCAAGUACUUUUGCUGGAAGCCACUCCUGCGGAGUACAGAUGCCUGGGACAAUAAGCGCUCGAUCGUGCCGACCUACAACUCCGUCGGCCUUAGUGCGUUUGCCGUCACCUACCGGGGCGCCAAGCGUCUGCUAUAUUAUCUCUCUUACAAAGAACUCACCGACACUCUCGACCGCUCAAUAGCAAAUCUCUUCAUGAACGGUGAUCUACACGGCUGGUCUGUUAUCCCCCCCAUGAUGUCAGAGUGGAAGCUGGACGGAAAGAAAGACACCAACCUUCGGGUUCUGGCCGCCGACCACCAACCCGGCCUCGGAAAUAUGGAAGGUCACAGUGCUGGACUGAGUCAGAGCGUGCGGAAGCAGAUGGCACGAGACCUUGAGAUUGAUGAUUACUGGGAGAACGAGAAGGAUCAUUGGUCCCUUGUAAAUAAUAACCCCCCACCAGCUCCAGUUCCAGCUCCAUAGCCGGUUGCCGUUGCGGUCCCGCAAUAAUUCCUGCAUCAACUAUUUAUUUCGUUUUGUGCGUCGCCGAAAGGUGUGGUCUACAAGAGGAAGCCAUCCACAGGACUAUUUGCUCACAUAUGAAACAUCGUCUGGAUUGGAGGAAAAAACAACGGAGAAGAACUGAACG